AUGCCUGGCAGCCACGAGAAGCCCGUGACUGGGCGACAAAGGAGGACCGUCGGGUCUGCUACAAAGCUGGCUCCCAUUCCCAAAGGUUCCACGCUGCGCAAGCGGCCACUCAUCCGACGGCCCGCGCCGGCGUCGUCCAAGAAUCGCAUCAUCUACGUAUCCUCGAGCACUCCCUUCAUGUCCGCCGUCAAGCGCGUGCGCAAGCAGCUGGAGCGGUCCCUCCGGGCAGGCGGGAGCUCGCAGGCCGCGCGCAAGAACGCGUCGCUGCACGCGCGCAUCGAGGGCCUGAAGCGCGACGUGGAGAGGGGCGGCGGCGGGGGCGACGAGGCGGGCGGCGGCGGGGGCGCGACCGUGACGCUCAUGGGGACCGGGAAGGCGGUCGAGAAGACGCUCUCCCUGGCGAGCUGGUUCGAGCAACAGCCCGACUGCGCGGUGGCGGUCCGGACCAGGACGGUGGCGACGGUGGACGACCUCACGGCGGACGGAGGAGGAGGGCCGGAGGCGGCGACGGUGGAGCAGGGUGAGGAGGACGAGACCCGCCUCCGACGGUUGAGUUGCCUAGAGGUCAUCGUGAGCUUGAAGUGA